UGUUGUAAAAAUUUCGAAGUUUACGUGGUAGUACGCGUGUGGCUUAUGGAAUUUUUAAGUACAAACUAGAGAAAUAAAUAAAAUUAUAUUUAAACAGCUCAGGUUAAAUCAAUAUCUGAUAUACUAGACUCAGUCUUUAUCUUUGAAGUUAAUUUUAAAAUUAGUAAAAAUUAAGACACUAUACUCUAUAAUAAUGUCCCUGACAAGAAGAAAACGGUCGAUUGAAAAUGAACAAUUAGUGGAGAAUGGCGAUACCGCUCCAAUUAGUGGACAGAGUAACAUCAAAGGCGAUGAAAUAAAUAUUGCUGUGCUGCUAUUUCUGUAUACACUUCAAGGGAUUCCCUUAGGACUUGCAGGAGCAGUUCCUAUGCUGUUACAAAAUAAGGGAAUUACAUACACACAACAGGCUGAGUUUAGUUUUGUGAACUGGCCCUUUAGUAUAAAACUGUUAUGGGCACCAAUAGUGGAUGCUAUCUUUUGGCCCGAAUUCGGAAGGAGAAAAACAUGGCUAGUGCCCGUUCAGUAUUUAAUUGGCAUUGUUAUGAUCAUUAUGUCAUAUAGUAUGACUGACUGGCUUGGACAGCAUGAACAAGCACCACGUAUGACAAUGCUUACAAUAUCAUUUUUAUUUCUUAACUUCUUGGCAGCUACUCAAGACAUUGCAGUUGAUGGUUGGGCUUUGACAAUGCUGAAACGACGUAAUGUGGGACAUGCCUCAACGUGCAAUACAGUGGGUCAAACAGCAGGAUUCUUUCUUGGAUAUGUCUUAUUUUUGGCAUUAGAAUCACCUUAUUUCUGCAAUAAAUAUAUUAGAACUGUAUCUGAGGAGACUGGUCUUGUAACUCUAUCUGGUUUUCUUUUAUUCUGGGGUUGGGUUUUUAUUGUAACUACAACUAUAGUUGCAGUUUUUAAGCAUGAAGCCAAUGACCAAAUAAAUUUAAAGGAGAGUGAACCAAAGGGCAUGAAUGACAUUGUAAAUGCAUACAAACAGCUUUUAACAAUUGUAAAGUUGCCAGCUGUGAGAACUUUAGCCCUCGUACUCUUUACAGCAAAGAUUGGCUUCUGUGCUAGUGAUGCUGUGUCAGGUUUGAAGCUAGUCGAAGCAGGAGUGCCACGGGAAGAUAUGGCACUUUUAGCUGUACCAUUAGUUCCAGUUCAAAUUAUCAUGCCUGUGAUUCUUGCAAAAUACACAACAGGGCCAAUGCCUCUAUCGCUCUGGUUGCGUGCUUUUCCCCUACGACUGUUAGUGGGCCCACUGGCAGCAGCACUGGUAGCUCUCACACCAAGUUUACUUGGUGACUCUGGACCUUCAUAUUUCUACCUUUGUAUUUUAAUGAUGCUGUAUGUCUUUCAUCAAACUUGUCUAUACUGCAUGUUUGUGGCGGUAAUGGCGUUUUUCGCUAAAGUGUCGGACCCAGCUGUUGGUGGUACUUAUAUGACGUUAUUGAACACAGUGUCAAACUUAGGCACCAAUUGGCCUAAUACGUUAGCUCUUUGGGCUAUAGACCAUUUGACUUACAAGACAUGUAAUGCAUCAGAACUUACAGAUAACACUUGCUCUACACAGUUAGAAACUGAGGUAUGUAAAAAUAGUGGCGGUACGUGUGACGUGAGAAUUGACGGUUUCUACAUAGAAGUUGUAAUAUGUCUUGUAGCCGGUUUUCUUUGGCUACAGUGGGGCAAGAAAACCAUCAACCGACUUCAAAGAUUACCUAAUACAGCUUGGCAGAUAGGUCGUAACAGAUAAGACUGAAUUCAAUAUUAUUACUAUUAUAUGAUACAAAUAGGCACAAACUAAAAGCAGCAAUUCUCUUAGCUCUAAAUGAUUAUACAGUAUGUAUGAUAAAUUGAUUAUGAUAAUUUAAAAGCUUUUUCAUGGAUCACCAAUUGUUCUAAUACAUUUUCUCAUUUCAAGGUUAGUAGUAAUUCUAUUUAUUUAUACUUAAUAUAUUGGUUUGUAUUAUA